UUCUUCAGUCAGAGAACAGGAAAACCAUUUCGGCGCCUCCAUUUCUUCUCCAUAUUGCCGGCGGCUUUGAUUCAAAAUCACCGGAGCAAGCGGACCGGUUCGAAGGUCGGAGACGGACGGUUGGCUUCCAGCUGCAUAUUCAUCUUCUCCAUUUAUCAUCUACUUGAUCUAAGUUGCAAGUGAGAGUAGUCCGCGUUUAUGAGACAGUUAUUGGAUAUCUCUAAUGGCGGUUGUUUAUCGCCGGCAGAGAAGCUUAUUUUCUGAUUCCUUCAAAUCUCAAUUCUCUUGCUGGAACAUAUCGCCCUUCCUAAGAAAAUCCAAGACGUUGCCGAACAGAGAUUUGCAGAAUGCUUCUUUAAAAAGUUUAGCAUUGAACACUGGUGAUAGGUUUGGGUCGUUAUGUUACUUUGGACUUGGAAAAGUUAGAUUCUAUUCCACUGGAAGGAACCGAAUACAAGAUCUCUCUAUUCUUGCUGAACGAACUUCUCGUGCUGCUAGUUUCCAUAUUCAAUUCCCUCACUUCAGGUUUCCAAGCCUGGUGAUUCCUGUAAAUGUAUUCAAUUAUGGUUCUCCGUCAGGCAGAAUCAGAUUGAGCUCGAAUUACCCUGCUGCUUCAGUUUACAGGCCGUUUUCCACGAAUGCCACUACAAAUAGCAAUAGGAAUCCUUCAGCUUUGGCAACUAAGGAUUCCGAUGCAUCACGACCAACUAAUCAGGGGAAGAUGGAUUUGCUUGUGGAAUCCGCUUCCUCAAGUUCAUUGUUGGGCAAUGCUAACAUUGUCCAAAAAUCUUCUAGGAAAAAGUCUACGAGAAGGAAAAACAAAGAUAAGUCAACUGAUUCUAGUACUUUUGCCAAAGAUGAAAAUGGAGCUUCUUCACCAAAGGAACUGAAUAACAAUAAAAAGAACCUAGAUACUGUUACAUCAGAGGAAAACACCAGAACUAAGCAUGACGGAAAGCUUAACGGUCCUUGUUUAGUGAAGCACCGCCGGUCCAAAACAAAAACUGCCAGGUCCGCCAGAAAGGUAAAAUCUGAAAAAGUGAGUAAAGUUGAUGCUGCACCUCCUCCAGUUGUUGUUGAAAUUUGCUCAGAACUUAAACAAGAAAGCCAAAUCGUUAGCAAAUCCAGCCCUCAGAAGCUAAAGCCACUGUACCCUCCAACUGGAAAAUCAGUUCUUAUCGUGGAGUCAGUUACAAAAGCAAAAGUUAUCCAAGGCUAUCUAGGUGAAAUGUUUGAAGUUUUACCAAGCUAUGGUCAUGUCAGAGAUCUAGCUUCAAGAUCUGGAUCUGUACGUCCAGAUGAUGAUUUCAGUAUGGUAUGGGAAGUUCCUUCUGUUGCCUGGACGCAUCUGAAUAGUAUCAAGGUUGCACUAGAUUGUGCUGAAAAUCUUAUAAUUGCUUCAGAUCCAGACAGGGAAGGAGAAGCUAUUGCAUGGCAUAUAAUCGAGAUGUUGCAACAACAAGAAGCAUUGCGCGACGAAAUAACUAUUGCAAGGGUUGUCUUUAAUGAAAUAACCGAGGCAUCAAUCAAAACCGCUUUGCAAGCUCCAAGAAGUAUCGAUUUGAACAUGGUUCAUGCCUAUUUGGCAAGGAGAGCUCUUGACUAUUUGAUUGGGUUCAAUAUUUCACCUUUGUUGUGGAGGAAAUUACCAGGUUGCCAUUCAGCUGGACGUGUCCAAUCUGCAGCCUUGUCUCUAAUUUGCGACAGAGAAGUGGAAAUCGAAUCAUUUAAACCUCACGAAUACUGGACUAUCGAGGUUCAGUUCAAGAAUAAGAAAGAACUUUCCUCCCUGAAAUCUUUAUCAUCUUAUUUGACUAUUAGUUCUGAAGAUGAAGCAAAAGGAAUUGAACAGAAUAUCAAUUCAUCAGAAUUUGAAGUGAUUGGUUCUAAAAUAAACAAAGUGAAGAGAAACCCUCCGGCGCCAUACAUAACAUCAUCACUUCAGCAAGAUGCGGCUAACAAGCUACAUUUCACAGCUACACACACAAUGAAACUCGCUCAGAAAUUGUAUGAAGGGAUUCAACUAUCAGACUCCAGUGCGACGGGAUUGAUAACAUACAUGAAAACAGAUGGAUUACACAUUUCUGACGAAUCUGCUAACGAUAUUCGUUCCUUGGUCAUUGAAAGGUAUGGUAUGGAAUACACACCCGAUAAUACUUCCUGCAGAUAUUUUAAUAAAGAAAAAAAUGUUCGAGAGGUUCAGGAGGCUAUUAGACCCACAAAUAUUCGGAGAUUACCUUCUACACUGGUUGGAAUCCUUGAUAAUGAUUCAUUGAAGUUAUAUACUCUUAUAUGGGCUCGCACAAUGGCAUGUCAAAUGGAACCCGUAACAAUAAAUCAGUUAGAACUAGAUAUUGGAAACAUAGACAGGUCCGUUGCAUUAGGAUCCGACUGUUCGACAGUUGAGUUUCCAGGUUACCAAGUUGUUUAUGAGGACAUUCAAGCCAAAAUGCUAAACUAUUUCGAUAACGAAGGCGAUAAAGAGGUUUUCAAGUUUCUUUGUGACCUAAAAUCUGGAGAUAAAUUAUGUCCUACGAAAGUGGAACUUUGUCAGCACAAUACGCAGCCUCCAUCACGAUAUUGUGAAGCAUCAUUAGUGAAGAAGCUGGAAGAGCUUCGUAUAGGAAGGCCUUCGACGUAUGCUUCUACACUGAGAGUUUUACAGGACAGGAACUAUGUUCAUGUAAAGAAUAAAGUAUUAUAUCCCGAAUUUCGUGCACGUAUGGUGUCAGCAUUCCUUUCUCACUAUUUUUCUGAGGUUACUGAAUAUUCUUUUACGGCUGAUAUGGAAGCCGAGCUUGACAAUGUUUCUGCUGGACUCACUGAGUGGAAACACCUACUUAGAGAUUAUUGGACAAGAUUCAACAAGUAUUGUGAACGCACUGCUAAUGUUAAUAUCCAUCAAGUGGAAAAAAUGCUGGAGAGAACAUUCGGGGAUUUCCUAGCUUCUUCGUUGUCUGGGCAAAGUCGAACAUGUCCCAUUUGUCUUGAUGGCACUCUGGUUUUUAAAGUUAGUAGGUUUGGAGCUGGCUAUUUUAUUGGAUGUGAUCAAAACCCUAAGUGCAAGUAUGUUGCCAAGACACUUUACGGUGAUGAAGAAGAAGAAGACGAAGAUAAUGUUGAUAAAGAGUUCGUGGGGGAGAUCAAGUUGCUUGGUCUUCAUCCAGUUUCUGGUGAAAAGAUCCUAUUGAAGGGUGGCCCAUACGGUUCCUAUGUUCAGCUUGGCGAGGAUAGAAAAGGAUCGUUGCCAAAACGAGCAUCUGUUUCCCCAGCAAGCAAUGUGAACUCUGUUACACUUGAAGAUGCUUUGGACUUUCUGCGAUAUCCUAUUACACUGGGAAAUCAUCCUUCUGAUGGCCAUCCCAUUGUAUUAAAGCUUGGUAGGAGUGGAUUUUCUCUUCGACAUAGAAGGUCAAUUUUGAUCGUGCCUAAGAAAAUAAAUGCGACCAAUAUAACCCUAGAGAAGGCAGUAAAGCUUUUACGGGGAAGAUAUGUAAAAGAAUGGGGACGCAAGAGCCCGCCCACCACGAGAAGAAGCCAAGCGUAGAUUCUCGAUAACAUUGAGUUUUACACAUUAAAGUUAUAUUUAUUAUUUAUAAUUUCAAUUAAGUUGAUAAAAUGCAUCAUUUAAAUAAGGGGUAUAAAUGAAUGAAUCUGUGGUAUUUAGUGAAAAUUUGUAACUGUUGCAACUAUAGAACAAUUUUGUAGGGAAACCAAAUUGAUAUUUAAAUGUAGGAAAUCAUUGGAUGUUUUGUUCUUCUU